UGCAGUGCAUAUAAUAAUUUUCGUAUUUUAUAUAUACGAUUUACAUACAGAAACUUAUGUACCAGCUGCUUGUUACUUCUCCAUUGUUUCUUUGAAUUUAACUUCUUUUUAAAAAAGGCCGUUCCACUUGAUACUUGAUAGAUGGAUGAUAGUGGAAAGGAUGAUGUACCAAUGUUGUCAAGAAGAAAUUGGCAUUCUGUCAGACACGAUCGAAAAGUUUCGCACAUGAACAGAAGUGUUACAAUAUCCAUCCCAAUGACCAAGCUUGAGUCGGUUUCUGGUGAAACAAAUCAUGUUGGCUUAUCAGGUCCCUUACGUAGUGAUAAAAAAGCUCAACAAGAGCAAGCGGAACAAGAACAGACUCUUAACCAUCAACGGGUGGUUAAUGACAAUGUAGCAAACAAACUUCCCUGGCAGCUUGUGUAUGGAGGUGCAAAGAGAUGGGGCCAACGGGCUCAAGAAAAGCUAUCCUUAAUGAAACAAUCUACAUGUGGGGUAAUGAAUCCACACAGCAAAGCUGUUCAGCAGUGGAACAAAUUCAUUGUCAUCUCUUGCAUAUUCGCCAUUAUCAUGGACCCCAUGUUCUUUUACACGAUAUCAACGAAUAAGGAGCAUAAGUGUAUUGUAAUUAAUUGGCCUAUGACAAAAGUCAUUGUGGUUCUCAGGAGCAUGACAGACUUUAUUUAUUUUUUGCACAUGCUUCUUCAGUUCAGGCUAGCAUUUGUUUCUCCUGAAUCAGGAGUUGUAGGUGCUGGAGAUUUGGUAGAUCAUCCUAAGAAAAUUGCGUUACAUUACCUUUCUGGAAAAUUUUUUACCGACUUAUUCAUUGUUUUACCCCUUCCGCAGAUCAUAGUAUUAACAUUCCUACCACAUUCCAUUGGGUCUUCUAUGCCGACAGCUAUUCUAGUUCAGUACAUUCCCAGGUUAUUCCGGUUUUUGCCUCUCCUUGUUGCCCAGUAUCCAACUAAUGUCAUAUAUGAGUCAGCAUGGUCCAGCUUUCUCAUCAAUCUUCUGACAAUUGGCUUGGUUGGUCAUGUUGUUGGGUCGUGCUGGUAUCUCUUUGGGUUACAGAGAGUAAAUCAGUGCCUUCGAUAUGCUUGUCAUCAUUCUGGAUUUCUAAAUUGCAAGAAGCUUAUAGAUUCUGGGUAUGAAAGUUUUAGGAGCUCUGAAUCAGAUACAACAUGGAAUGACUGGAAGCAAAAUGUAAAUUCCACUGCUUGUUUUGAGGAGGACAGUUUCCCCUAUGGAAUUUAUGUUAAAGCUGUCAAUCUCACAGCCGAAAGUAGUAUAAUCAGAAGAUAUAUAUACUCUUUUUUCUGGGGAUUUCAGCAAAUCAGCACAAUGGCUGGCAAUCUAGUUCCAAGUUAUUUUGAAGGGGAAGUUAUCUUUACCAUUAUAAUUGUUGGGCUUGGACUUUUACUUUUUGCUGUUCUUUUUGUGAAAAUGCAGAGCUUUCUUCAAGCUCUUGGACGCAGGGAACUAGAAAUGUCACUUAGACGACGUGAUCUUGAGCAAUGGAUGAACCGCAGACACUUGCCAAUGCACCUACGGAUAAAAGUUCGACAGUCAGAGGAAUAUAAUUGGGCUUCUACCCAAGGGGUUAAUGAAGAAAAUCUAAUGGAAAAUUUGCCUGAAGACCUGCAAAGAGAUAUACGCCAUCACCUAUUUGAGUUUAUUAAGAAAGUCCGGAUAUUUGCGGCAAUGGAUGAACCAAUCUUAGAUGCAAUAUGUGAAAGGCUGAGGCAAAAAACAUAUGUUCAAGGAGGUACACCUUUAUAUGAAGGAGGGAUUAUCACGAAAAUGGUAUUUAUUGUAAGGGGAAAGAUGGAGAGCGUAGGAGAAGAUGGGAAAAAAGUUCCACUGUCAGAGGGAGACUCAUGUGGUGAAGAACUUCUCAUGUGGUGCCUUGAACAAUCCUCUGAUAAUGGAGAUACAAGAAACCAGAGAAAACUAGGAUAUAGACUGCUCAGCAAGAGGACGGUGAAAUGCUUAACAAAUGUAGAGGCAUUUAUUCUAAAGGCUGCGGAUCUAGAAGAAGUCACCACCCUUUUUGCAGGAUUCUUAAGGAGUCAUCGCGUUCAGCUUGCCAUAAGGAAUGAAUCUCCAUAUGAGCAAGGUAAAGCAGCAACCACUAUCCAGGUGAAGUGGAGAUACAUAAAGAAGAAGCUAUGCGGUACAAACACCUCAAAGCGUGGUACUCUCCUUCCCUCAAAGUUCAAGUAGCGGCUAUUGUUCAAGGUCUUGUUAGUGUUCAUAGCUUAUGAACUUGUAUUAUGAGUUGUAUGUAACACCAUUACACAAAGCGUUCAUAAAUGCCUUUAAGGUUUAUUCCCACGAAUCCUCAUUGUGUUUAUAAAUAUUAAGUCUAAAAAUAUUAACGAGAUAUAAAGUUUUAUCAAUUGAUAUGAA